AUGACCACAAGUGUGCGUGGCUCAGCCUCGCCCCCCAAGUGUGCGUGGCUCAGCCUCGCCCACCAAGUGUGCGUGGCUCAGCCUCGCCCACCAAGUGUGCGUGGCUCAGCCUCGCCCCCCAAGUGUGCGUGGCUCAGCCUCGCCCACCAAGUGUGCGUGGCUCAGCCUCGCCCCCCAAGUGUGCGUGGCUCAGCCUCGCCCCCCAAGUGUGCGUGGCUCAGCCUCGCCCCCCAAGUGUGCGUGGCUCAGCCUCGCCCACCAAGUGUGUGGCUCAGCCUCCAGCCUCGCCCGCCAAGUGUGCGUGGCUCAGCCUCGCCCCCCAAGUGUGCGUGGCUUAGCCUCGCCCACCAAGUGUGCGUGGCUCAGCCUCGCCCACCAAGUGUGCGUGGCUCAGCCUCGCCCCCCAAGUGUGCGUGGCUCAGCCUCGCCCCCCAAGUGUGCGUGGCUCAGCCUCGCCCACCAAGUGUGUGGCUCAGCCUCCAGCCUCGCCCGCCAAGUGUGCGUGGCUCAGCCUCGCCCGCCAAGUGUGCGUGGCUCAGCCACGCCCACCAAGUGUGCGUGGCUCAGCCUCGCCCACCAAGUGUGCGUGGCUCAGCCUCGCCCACCAAGUGUGCGUGGCUCAGCCUCGCCCACCAAGUGUGCGUGGCUCAGCCUCGCCCACCAAGUGUGCGUGGCUCAGCCUCGCCCACCAAGUGUGCGUGGCUCAGCCUCGCCCACCAAGUGUGCGUGGCUCAGCCUCGCCCCCCAAGUGUGAUGACAACACACUUCUGA